AUGAAGGUCUUCUCUUCAGGCUGCACCUUCGACUACUCAUGGGACGAGGUGUCCACUGCAAACUGGCGCAAGUACUGCCCAUGGAAUGAUAAGUCGACACAUGUUGUGGGCGUCGACACUCUCUCCCGCACUGUUGAUCCGAGCACCGGCAUCCUACGCACCGAGCGUCUUAUCACAUGCAAUCAGUCCGUACCACAAUGGGUUCUCUCCAUCCUCGGGGGAACCAACACCUCCCACGUUUAUGAAAUCUCCUAUGUCGACCCGGCAUCCAAGAAAGUGACCAUGUGCUCCACCAACCUCACAUGGUCAAACGUCCUCAGCGUUCGCGAAACCGUCACCUACCAACAAUGCCCGCUCAACCCGGCCACCACGACCGCAUUCCACCAAGAGGCGAAAAUCACCGCCCUUUGUGGUGGGUGGCAAAAGAUCAAGAACAAGGUUGAAGACGCCAGUGUGGAGCGAUUCCGCGAAAACGCCAAGAUCGGCCGCGAAGGCUUCGAGACCGUCCUGGAGAUGAGCCGCCGCGUCUUCGGCGAACAACGCGAUCUCGAGAAGCAGCGCAUGCAAGCAUGA